GCGGCACAUUACGCGUCAGAAUUUGGGCACGUCGAUCUUCUGCGGACUCUAAUUGAACACGGAUCAAAUGUUUUUACAGCAGAUGGGAAAGGUCGAUCACCUCUUCACCUUGCGGCAAGAAAGGGGCAUGAUGCAGUCGUCAGUCUUCUGCUAGAGAAAGGCGCAGACGUCAAUGCACGAAACUACGAACACCAAACCCCCCUUCAUGAAGUAACCGCUUCCGGGAACACGAUCAUUCCUUGGUUAUUAAGAGGGGCUGGGGGAGAUAUCCACGCAGCUGACAAGGACGGGGCAACGCCACUUCACAUCGCAGCAAAGAGAAGUUCCGCACAAAUGAUAGAU